AUGAUUUGGUUUUUUGCGACGGGAGUUUGCGCGACAAAUAAGUGUGUUCGUCGCGCAAAGUCCUUCUUCUUCAUAUUAGAAUUCUGCCAUUGCAGAGGCAGAAUGCAAAAACAAAGCAUUCUGCCUCUGCCUCUCUCUCAACCUCUCUGCCGCUGCUGGGAUUUCAAUACAUUGAUUGAGAAUUAUGGACAGAAGGUGGAUACAAAACCCGAACAGAUGCGCAGACGAAUACCAAGUUAUAGAGGAGGCGGAGGAGGAGGAGGAGGAAGAGGAUUGGGAGACCGAAAGUGA